UACAAGUCGUGCGAGUGCCGCCGCCGUGUGUAGCCGACGACGACGACGACGCACAAUAUAUCAUUACAGUGACAACCACGCGACACGAAAUCGUAUCAUUAUUGUAUAUAUAUAAUAUAAUAUUAUAAUAUUAUAGUACACUUAAACGCUGGCGGAUUCGGUUCGGUUCGGCUUAUAGCGCGAGGUCCGCGGUCGUCCGAAUUUUCGACAGCGAUCACCGUCUUCGACCCGGCGACGCGCGUCUACUGAACGUUAUUAUAAUUCAUUAUAUUACACCGGUGUGGAAUUCGACGAUUAUUGUAUUUCUUAUCCGGGGCGUAAGUGCCCUUACUCGGUGUUUCGCGCACCGGAACCGGUUUCUGAGUAAAAGACACAACCCCCGAAACGCGGAUUUCUCCCCGCCGUAGUAUUACCCUGCCGGAAAAAGUGUCAAGCGGAGGAAGGACAAGAAGAAGCGGCACUGUGCCGCCGGCUGGAGGGCGACGAGGACGAGGGCGACGAGCACCGGGGCAGCAAUAGCAGCAUCGCUGUUGCCGUGACCACCACCGCCACCGACAACGACAAUAACGACGACGAAAACAACAGCAGCAGUACCGCGGUGGCCACUAUGAUGUCGGCCGCGAGCGCGGUCGGCGGCGGCCGUGUGCUGGUCGUCGUCGACGUGGACGGCGCUGACAGCGACAGCUGACAGCCUGGACGACUGCGACCGGUGCGGGCAUGCGGCGGUGCUUACGGAUGGGGUGUCCCGCCGGCCCGGUACGCCAUGCUUGACGUGUUCCGGGGCCUGAAGAGCCUGGUGAAAAUCAGCCACGUUCACAUCGACUCGCCCGUGUUUCGGCUCCACUACAGCCUGACCGUGAUGCUGUUGUCCGCGUUCAGCCUGAUCGUCACCACCAGGCAGUACGUCGGAAACCCGAUCGACUGCGUGCACACCAAAGACAUACCCGAGGACGUGCUCAACACGUACUGUUGGAUACACUCGACGUACACCAUCAAGGAGGCGUUCAAGAAGAAGGUGGGUGUCAGCGUCCCGUACCCAGGCGUGGACAACACCCGCGGCAAAGCGGACGACCGCAAGACGUACGGCUACUACCAGUGGGUGUGCUUCUGCCUCUUUUUCCAGGCGAUAUUGUUCUACACGCCAAGAUGGCUGUGGAAACACUGGGAAGGCGGAAAAAUCCGGGCGUUGAUGAUGGACUUGGAUGUAGCCAUUUGCACAGAUGCCGAGAAGAAGCAGAAGAAAAAGAUUCUGCUCGACUACCUGUGGGAGAACUUGCGGUACCACAACUGGUGGACCUACAGGUACUACUUAUGCGAAACGAUGGCGCUUCUGAACGUCGUGGGUCAAAUGUUUAUGAUGAACCGUUUCUUUGACGGUGCGUUUCUGACGUUCGGCGUGGACGUGAUCCGGUUUUUGGAGAGCGACCAGGAAGACCGAGUGGACCCGAUGAUAUUUAUAUUUCCUAGGAUGACCAAAUGCAUUUUCCACAAAUUUGGCGUAUCCGGUGAGGUGGAAACGCACGACUCAAUAUGUAUAUUGCCACUAAAUGCUGUCAACGAAAAAAUCUACGUUUUUCUGUGGUUUUGGUUCAUGAUCCUUGGCGUCUUGUCGGCGGCUGUAAUCGUUUACAGGUUCAUCAUAAUAGUGUCACCGCGAAUGCGCGUGUACCUUUUCUGCAUACGAUUUCGGUUGAUCAAACGGCAGGCAAUCGGAAACAUCGUGCGUCGAUCGAAGUUGGGCGAUUGGAUGCUGUUGUACGUUCUCGGCGACAACGUCGAUUCUGUCGUGUUCAGAGACAUCGUGCACGAUUUGUCGCACCGACUGGAAGCGUACCACAACAAAAACUCAACGGUCAGGACGGUGGACGCGUGACGGCGACGGUGUUAGCCAGUCAACAGUAUAUAUUGUGCUCAAAUCGAUAACGAAUAAACGUAAUAUUUGUUACAGGGUAAACGACGACCGACUUGCACGCGACUAUAUUAUAUGAUGACUGUUAAUGGAUCUCGUCUGCUAUGGCUGCGGAAGAGAAGACUAUAUAUUUUAAUGUAUAAGACGAAGCAGCUGCCAUAUCGGUUGUCUCGGAAAACAAAGGUCGUCAGACAUCAGAACUAACGAACGCGCUUCCUAUAGACUCGUGAAUUGUCGCCCAAACGAAUUGUUAAAAUAAUAUAUAUAAAUUUGUAAUCAUUUGGUUUUAGAAUUUCUGUUGAUGAAAAAAAAAAAUGAAGAACAGCAAUGUAUCAACAAAAAGACGUUUUUUUUUUAUUUUUUUUUUUUUUUUUUGAUAAAUCUCCCAAAAUGGCUCAUAGCUUAUAUUAUGUAAUUGUAAUUGUAAUUAUUAAUAUUAUUUAUGACAAUAUGGUAAUAAUUAGACCCCAAAUAUAUCCCAAUUAAGUAUGAGUAAAUAUUGUUAUUACUAAGAUUUUAUUAUAUAUUACAUAAAAUACUAUUUUAUA